AUGUACAAGGAGAGAAAGGUACCUACUUUCUAUCUCUACCGAGUAUUUCACCCUCUAACACUCGUCCUAGAGGAUGUGAAUGAUCUCUUGAUUAGGGGUGGCUUCCUGCGGCAGGCCUACUCUGGGAUCUUUCACAUGUUGCCCCUUGGUUUGCGUGUGCAAGAUAAACUAGAACGUCUCAUUGACAAGCAUAUGCGCUUACUUGACAUGCAGGUUUUCCGAUUUCUCGAUAGGAAAGAGUCCCGAUUUCUCCUCGCACCCACGCAUGAGGAGGAAAUCACCACGCUGGUGGGAAGUCUCACCAAGUCGUACAGAGAUCUUCCUUUGCGCGUGUAUCAAAUAUCAAGAAAAUACCGGGAUGAGCCCCGGCCAAGACAGGGUCUUCUGCGUGGACGAGAGUUCAUCAUGAAAGACCUCUACACUUUUGACUACAGCAUGGAAGAAGCCCUGAAGACCUAUGGGCAGGUAAGAGCUGCCUAUACCCGGUUGUUCAACGAAUUGAAAAUCCCCUAUCUGGUCGCCGUCGCCGACUCCGGCAACAUGGGAGGGAACCUAAGUCAUGAGUUCCAUUUCCCCAGCUCAAAAGGAGAAGAUACCGUUAUCACUUGUACGAGCUGUGACAGUGUUUACAAUGAGGAGCUUGCAGACGGACAAUCUCACGGGCUCGAAAAUAAUACAACUCAGUCCGAGGGGUUCAACACCGGGGCGGUCUCAGCUGAAGCAACCCCAACCAUCUCUAACGAUAUCUGGAUGGCGAUCUCGCGGGACAAGCGAACACUGUUACGAGCCUGGUACCCCAAAUUCUCCAUGCAAGGAGACUCUCAAGAGCCCGUGGAACGGGAGGUGAAUUCGCACGCCGUCAAGGCCGUGGCCAGUGCAGCGGGCGUCGACCUGGAUCUCAGCGUGGAGAACCCGCUAGAGCAGUGGGCUACGCAAGUGAAGUCUGAGAAAGCCUCCAAGCGGCCGCAGGUCCUUGACCUUUACGACUCGCAGGUCCGCGUAUACAAGCGCCCGCCACUGAGUGAUCUCCUGCAGCGCGCUGGGUGUGCGGCCGACGACAUCGACUACACCAUGCUAGAUCGGUUCCCGGAGACGAACAAUGGGCUCAACCUAGUCAAGGUGCACGAUGGCGACAAGUGCACGAAAUGCGGACAGGGACAUCUGAAGACCCACACGGCGAUUGAGCUGGGACACACGUUCCACCUGGGCACCCGCUACAGCGAAGUCCUGCAAGCCUGUGUCAUGGUGGACCGGGCGACCGCCGGCAAGUCCGAGGACCAAACUGUGCCGAUGGAGAUGGGAUGCCAUGGCAUCGGCGUUUCGCGGAUGAUCACCGCUGUCGCGGACAGCCUGGCAGACUCGAAGGGUCUCAACUGGCCUCGGGCGAUGGCCCCUUACGAGGUCAUUGUUGUUCCUACCAAGGGGCUGGAAGCGGACGCAGAGAAGAUCUACGAUGUUCUGGCCUCCAAUCCCACGUCGCCGUUCGACACCAUCCUCGAUGACCGCGACAAGCAGAUGGGAUGGAAGCUUGGAGAUGCAGACCUGAUUGGAUACCCUGUUAUUGUGGUGGUUGGAAAGGGGUGGAAGAAGCAGCAGACGGUUGAGGUGCAGUGCCGGCGGCUGAACAACCUGCGCGAGAAUGUUCCUCUGGAGCGACUCCCAGAGUUUGUGAAUUCACUGCUAGCGCAGCUGUAG